CAACCCCACCACGAAAACACCAAAAUCUUUUUCGUGUCCCACCGUCCAGGCGCUCGUCACCGUACCGCAACAGAACAAGUGCACCCCACCAGCCCUCCACACCCCAACGUCAUGUCGGAACCUACGCGCCCCUCCUCGCCGCCACCAGCGACUUGCAAGGUCGUCCUCGCAGGCACCGUCGCGAACAAGCUGAUGUUGGAGGUGAAAGGCUCGCUCGCAACGCUGGGCCGCAAACCGCUGCUGGUCGGUUUCCUGGCCAAUACCGAUCCCGCGGCGAAGAUGUACGCGGACUGGACGGGCAAGACGUGUGAGGACAACGGCUUCGCCUUUGAGCUCCGAACCCUCGACAAGGACAACCUCGAGGCGGCCAUCCUCGGCGCAAACGUGGACCCGGCGAUCGACGGCAUAAUAAUCUACUUCCCCGUCUUCGGCACGAUGCAGGAUAGCUACCUCCAGCAGCUCACCGUGCCCACGAAGGACGUUGAGGGACUCUCCCACCGCUACUUGUUCAACAUGUACCAAAACCGCCGGUUCCUAGACGCGGCUAAGACGCAGAAAUCGCUGCUGCCGUGCACGCCCCUCGCCGUCAUCAAGAUCCUCGAGCAUGUCGGCGUGUACAACCCCAUUCUCCCCUACGGGAAUAGGUUGUUCGGGAGGACGAUUACGAUCGUCAACAGAUCGGAGAUCGUGGGACGCCCGUUGGCGGCGCUGCUGGCGAAUGAUGGCGCCGAUGUCUGGAGUGUCGAUAUCACCGGUGUCCAGAAGUUCACAAGGGGUGAGGGAAUCAAGAGGACCAUGCACCAUGUCCAUGAUGUGGACGACAAGCUGGAAGAUGUGGUGCCGCGCAGCGACGUGGUCAUUACUGGUGUGCCGAGCAAGAACUACAAGUUCCCCGUCAACCUGUUGAAGUCGGGUGCUGUGUGCAUCAAUUUCUCGUCAGAGAAGAAUUUCGAUCCGGAGGUCAAGGAGAAGGCGUCGAUCUACGUGCCUGCUAUCGGAAAGGUCACGAUCACGAUAUUGCUGAGGAACAUUCUGCGAUUGAUCGAGAACCGCAAGGCGGCCGAAGCAGCGGGUGAAGCACCAGCAGAUCCUGCCGGCCCAGAAGGGGUAGCACAGACGUAGACAGCUGUGAAGAACACUUGAGUGGGUAGAUGACGAGAUAUUGAUAUCAAAGCAAAACAAAGGAACCACGGUUGUGCUAGAUUGAGCAGGCGUUAGGAAUGGAUAGGUCGGCUAUUAGAAAAAAAUCAGGACUUUUGGUAGAAUUCCUUAUACUCCAUAGAUGUGUACAGAACAAGCAAGCAAACAAUGAAACAAGAAGCAAAGUUA